AUGAGACAGCGGAAUCCCGAUUGCGUAAGUGGCAUUCGUACCAUUGGCAAUGGCCGGGGAGAAGUAGGAUUGCAUAGUGAAUGUGGCUUGAGAAGGCGCCGAGGAGCAAAGGCGCCGAGGAGCAAAGGCGCCGGUCAGAAUCGGCAAAGACCAAUCUCGCACCUGGUGAAUACGUCUCAAUUUACGGAAAAGGGGGAGGGUGUUGACUACCGAUUAAAGACAAGAUUAGCCUCGUCCAUGGCUGGUUGUGCGUGCAUUCGUACUGAUCAUUUCAAGCAGCUUCAGCUUUGUAAAAGUGGCGUUGACCAGGAUGAUACCACUACAAUCUUCGACUAG